UGUUUCUUCCCCGAACACUGUUAUUAAGAAUUAAGAAAUCCCCGUUCAAACUUAACAACUUCGUACUGGUUUCCCCCAACAAUCACCAACCACCUUAUUUAUUUAAACCCCACACCCCAUCCCCAACAGAUUCAAAAUCCCCUAUAUAUAUAUCCUCCGCCUUCUUUGCCUCAUUGAUUGAAGUAUUUUGAAAAGAUGCAAGCGGGUUCAGUGUUGGCACUCUCUCCGGCCUUUAAUCUCUAUCCACCUGCGAGCGAAUACACAGAGCUAGCGGAUAAACUUAGCGGAGAUUUCGGCGCAAAGCUUAAACUAGAGGUUUUUGGUUGCGAGUCUGGGGAUAUGGAAGAUAAAGAAGCCUCUAAAAUGGAAGCUUUGGAUGAGAAAUUAGUAGAUGGAGGUGAAAACAGCGAAGAGGAGGAAGACGAUGAAGAUGAGGAGGAGUUCUCGUUUGCUUGCGUGAAUCCCGACGGAUCUCCGAUUUCCGCAGACGACGCAUUCGCCGACGGCCAGAUCCGGCCGAUAUUCCCGCUCUUCAACCAAGAUCUCCUUAUCGCCGACGCCUACGACGGCGAUUCGAAGCCUAAGGAGGGCUCCUCCUCGGCUCUCCGGCCGCCGCUGAGGAGGUUCUUCGUCGAAGAGCGCGAUCAUCCUCCGUCGUCGUCGACCUUGGAAUCAGACGAGCUGGAGGAGAGCGCCCCCGCCGGGCCGUUCUGCGAGUGGUCCGGAAAGGCGGAGCUGAGCAAGAAGAGCAACUCCACGGGGUUUUCGAAGAUCUGGAGGUUCCGGGACUUGGUUCGGCGGAGCAACAGCGACGGCCACGACGCCUUUGUGUUCCUGAACCAUUCGUCGGCUAACGCAAAGCCAAGCAGCGAACCAACGACGGAGGCUAAGAAAAACGACGGCGUUGAGAAGAAGGAGAAGGUGGGAAAAGUGGAAGUGAAGAGGGUAGUGAAGGGUGCUAAAACGGCGUCGUCGGCGCACGAGGCGCACUACGUGAAGAAUAGGGCCAAGAGGGAGGGAGAUAAGCGGAAAUCUUAUUUGCCGUACAGAGUUGGAUUUUUUACGAACGUGAACGGGUUAAGCAGGAAUGUGCAUCCCUUCUGAUUGAUUAAGCGCGAAUCUAAUUAAUUUUUAUUAAUUUUUUUUUUGGGGGAGGGGGAUUUGUUGUAGCUAAUUUAUUGAAUAAUUAAUUUAUGUAAAUAUGAGCAGAAUAGAAGCUUUCCGUAUAUGUAGGGGUUUUCGAAUUCUCAGCUCUGGAUUUAGUAUUACUGGAUGGAUGUUAACGUGAAUAUAAAUUUCAGUGUUAACAGUAAUAAUUGUAAUUAUAUUUUUGUUAUUCAGGAUUUAAGAUUAUCGAAUUCUCUCUUUUAUUAUA